AUGCAAUGUGACGACAUUACCUGGAAUAUACUUAGAAAAGGACAGUGCGCUUUCAAAGCUUGGACUAAACCGACAUUAUUCUGUCGAAAUGAAAUGAACCUCACGGGUAUCUGCUACUUAUAUUGCAAGGUUAUUGAAAGAAGUCAUUAUCCGAGAAGACUAUGGGAGAAGACGAAACUUUCUAAGGAUAUGAAUAAGGCUUUGGAACAAAUCAGUGAUGCUCUUCUUCAUUGGAGCGAAUAUGUUCGCCAUAAAUGUAAAGCACGUCUCAUUCGCAUUCAUCAACAAAAGAAAAUCAUCCCGGUAGCUCGCAAAGUUGAACGGCGUGAGAAACGUCGCGAAGAGAAGGCACUAGUUGCUGCGAAGUUGGACAAGGCUAUCGAGAAAGAAUUGUUAUCGCGAUUGAGACAGGGAACAUAUGGCGAUAUCUACAAUUUCCGACAAAAAGCAUUCCAAGAUAUGUUGGACGAGAAUGAGAGGGUUCUUGAAGGAGACGAAGAAAUUGAAGUGGAAAAUGAUGAGGACGUGGGUCAAGUGCAUUACGUGGCUGAUUUUGAGUCAUCAGAUGAGGAAGAUGACCAGGAUAUAGAAGAUACGCCUGGUGGUUGGUCCCCGCCGGAAACAGACAGUGACGAUGACGAUUGGCAGCGACCGCAAGAGAGUGGUAACGAUGAUGAUGAAGAUGAAGAAGAAGUUGAGGAAGACCAGGAGUUUGUGGGACCACCGAAGAAGAAACUCAAGGAAAUGACCAGUAAUACGAAGAAAAAGAAGAAAUUGCCAAAGGUUUGUUAG